ACUUUGCUGCCAGAAACACUUGAUGCAGGCUCUGCGCUGAGCCCGAGAGAUGGCCGAGGAACAGCAGCAGCGCUGGGACACGGCCGCUUUCCAUAUGGAUGGGUAGGAUCGGAGAGGCAAGGGCCAAAAAGCUAUCUUUCUACAGCAACCACAAGAACUGUGCAGGGGAUCCAUUACCAUGCUCCUAUGGCAUACUUGUUUCCAAAGCCCCUAGGCUCCACCUGGCUCUUCCUGCCUUCCCCAGGGCCUCAGGCGCCGAGGGGACGUGUUGCAAAAUUUUGCCCGUACAAACACGCAACAGGCAGGAAGGGCAAAGUCCUACAGAGGUGUGUGUGGGAGGGUGAGGCAGGGAUCCCGACGGCUCCCGAGGCCGGCAGGGAGCCUUAUUCUUCCUCAUCUUCGCCGGAAAAAGAGGACACACUAAGGACACGGUGCCGAACGAAACAACACCGAGACCCUUCUCCGCCGCCGCCUCUCCGCUUCCGCCGCGCCGCGGGCACUGCGCAGGCCCGGCGCCGCCGCCCGCAUGGAGGAGGAGGAGGAGGAUGAGGGUGGCGGCGGCCGGGCGGCCUCGGCGAGCCCGGCCGGGUCUGCCCGCUUCGUGCGGUGCCUCUACGCGGUGGGAUUCCUGGAUUUAUUUGGUGUGAGCAUGGUGGUUCCUUUAAUGAAUCUUCAUAUCAAAUCUCUAGGAGCAAGUCAUACAGUUGCUGGAAUCAUAGGAUCUCUCUAUGGUGUAAUGCAGCUGUUUUCCAGCACAUUUGUGGGCUGCUGGAGUGAUGUAGUAGGAAGACGGUAUUCCCUGCUUGUUUGUAUUCUUCUCAGUGCACUGGGUUACUUCCUUCUUGGAAAUUCCACCACAGUGUUCCUGUUUGCUAUUUCUAGAGUCCCUGUAGGUAUUUUCAAACACACACUUUCCAUCUCUAAGGCCCUGCUGUCUGAUCUGGUCUCAGAUAGGGAUCGCCCUUUAGUGAUGGGGCGCUUCAAUGCAGCCUCCAGUGUGGGCUUCAUUCUGGGACCUGUUGUUGGUGGCUACCUUGCAGAGUUCAAAGGUGGCUUUUACCAAACAUCCUUCAUCUGUGCCUCUAUCUUCCUUCUGAAUGGUGGUCUUGUCUGGAUGUUACCCUGGAGUGAAGAAAACACUAGCAAUAGGGACCAUUACCAAGACAAAGAAAAAAACAGUUUCUCAGCAAAAUCAAAUCAUGACCAUCACUUGAAAUCAGCAACUACUAGAGCUGUAACAAACAGUAGUUUUUUCCAGUCUCCAUGGAUCCAAGUUGCAACAGUGCUGAAGAAAAUUAAAGGAAUUGCGUGCUCUAAUUUGUGGGAUGUAUUUUUAGUGCGGUUCCUGAUGUCUGUUGCUAUACUGCUGUACUAUAGUAAUUUUACUCUGGCCUUGGAGGAGAGAUUUGGGGUGAAACCCUUGUUUUCUGGAUACCUAAUGAGCUAUAGCAGUGCACUUGGAGUCCUGGCUGGUUGUCUGCUCGGACCAAUAACAAGACUCUAUGGGCACGACACUUACAGACUUUUGUUGCACUCCAGCACUUUUACCUGCACGCUGAUCCUCCUGUAUGCAUCAGCACCGAGCAUAUGGAUGGUCGUUUUGUCCUCCACGUUCUUGGCCUUCUCCACUACUAUAGGCCGUACCUGUAUCAUUGAUCUGGAACUGACUGUUGGUGGGAACGAGGCCAGCGGGACACUCCUAGGUGUUGGACAGUCGGUGACAUCAGUGGGACGUAUUAUUGCCCCACUCCUUUCUGGAAUUGCUCAGGAGUUCAGUCCUUGUGGCCCUCCAAGUCUAGCCGUGGGACUAGCAUUAGUUGCUAUUGUGAUAAUGAAUGCAAACAAACAAAAAUACCGUAGUCGUGGAAGUGUGAAGUUAAAAAAUCAGUAGACACAAUUUUGGAUUGCACCAGAUGUAUCUUCACCUGCCAGGCUUGUACAGUAAUUACAUGAUUUUUAAGGAGAGCACAUUAUGUUCCCGUGGAAGCAAGUAUAUAUAUGUAUUUCUGCUGCAGGGAUGUUAAGUCUAGACAGAUGUUAUUCUAACAGGUACCACCAGGACAUUUCUAAGAGGGGCAGAUGUUGCUAUAUUGUACAGGCUGUGAUUUUUUUAAUGGAUUUUUAACCUUUUUGGAGGGGAAAAAGGAACGUCAAGAAACGCACAAACCCUGCUUGUAGCUCAUUUUUGACACAGUGUUUAGAUUGAAAGAUUGUUUAAAAAGGGUGAAUCAAAGGUGAUUUUUUGUUGUUUAAUCAGAAGGAUAUUGCAAAUGUUUGGCCUUAAUUUCUUAUGCUGUGGUCUGUUUCCUUUUGUCUGUUAUGACAGUAGCUUAUAUAACAGGAUAUUUGCUUAUGUGAUUUUUGUGUAGCAUGUUUUGUCCAGAAAACUUUCUGCAGACAGUGGUUAGGCACUUUGGGGUAAUCAUGCAACCCCUGCUGACUCCUGGUCUUUCCCAAGUAACAGAAUUGGGUGUAUGCUAACUUCAUGUACUAGAAGACCUAAUCUUAGAAUAAUACAAGGCCAUUCAGGCUGAAACUGAGGCCGAAUUUAAGUUUUAUAGAAAUUUGAACUGGUGGCUUCUGUUUAGUAAUAACUUCUACUGAGGAACUUUGUCAUAAUUUCUUUAUUUAUAUUUCCUGUGCAAUUUUUCUACCUUCAUUUUAAGAAUAAAUUUCCUUCUUAUUUCUCUCAAAUGACUGUAAAGUUGUGAGCAUGUAGCAGUAUUUCACGGAUCUAGAUUAAUGCAUCCUGUCUCAUCUCAGGCAUAAGUGACAUUUUGGUGACAAGAGAAAUAAGGUUUUGCUGGUAUUUUAGUCCUCAUUUGUGUGCAUGGCUUAACUGAAGAGAGGUUACUCUCAAAGCUGUACAGAGUUGUAGCACUCCUGUGCUAUUUACUGUUCAAGCUCAUUACUUGCCAGUUACCAUUGUUUGUAUUUCAUAUGAAACAUGGAAAAAAUGUAUUUUGUUCUGAUAAUGUUCUCUAUGAUCUUCAUUAUAUUACUUGAUGAAAAUACAAAGUCAACUAUGUAAGUAUUGGGUUCGGGGGAAGUUUAUGCAAUUUAGUUAUCUCCUUGAACACAUCGGUUCUAACACUUCCUGCUUCAGGUCAGUCAUGGAUGGUGCUUGUAUUUUUUAUUUUCAUUUUCUUCUUUACCUUUUCCACUGCCUAUUAGCAUUCAAGUAUUUUCUGAAACCUCCGUGAUUCCAGUGGCAGCACCAUAGGAAUUUAUGUAUGGAACUCUGAAUUGUUUUAAUUUUAUUUAUUGACAUAAUCAGUGUCUUAUUCCUACUGUGAUUUCAGUACAUAUCCUCAGAGUUCUUUAUUACAGUAAUAUGUGUUUCAUUUCUCCCUAGGAACUUGAGGCAUCUCUUAUCUUCUCUUGCCUUUCUUGGUAGAUGCCCAAAAUAUUAUUGCUCUGAAUUUCCUGUUUUGUUUCUUUCCACCUUUUCAUUUUCUUUUUUUUUUUCUUUACCUAAAACCUCCCUUCUGUAAGUAAGGGCAUUCUGUUUGGCAUCUCUAGCAAGGGAUUAAGGAAAAGAGUUGUAAAAAACCUUCAAAAAUUAAUAUAUAUGAAUGAUUUUGUAAUUUUUCCAAUACUUGUUGAUUAUAUGAUGUAACAUAGCAUUUACCCUUCUGAAUUGCUGCACUGAGUUAAUCUGACUUCUGUAUACAUCUAUCCUAAUACAUAUCCUACUGAAUAUAGAUUAUAGAAGCCUCAGAGUUGAAAAAUCUGUGGAAGCCUGUGGUCUUGGGGACAUAUUGUAACACAUUUUACAGAAGUUUUUUACUUGUAGGGCAAAAUUAUUCCUGAAGUGCCACAGAAACGUUUCUUUCCUGUACAGGUAUAGAAGAAUUGCACUAUAUUUUUUUCUUUUUCUUUAAGGACUAGAAAUAAAAUGAAGUGACAUUCCAUAUUAUUAUGUCACUCUGUUUUUUUCCCAUCUUCCUCUGCUGAAGCUACAGCACAAAACAGAAGUGUUCAAGUCAAUGUGAA